AUGGCCCUGAAAAGAAUAAAAAAGGAGCUCGAAGACCUCAAGCGGGAUCCACCAGCUCAGUGUUCCGCGGGUCCGGUAAACGACGACUUAUUUCACUGGCAAGCCACGAUCAUGGGGCCACCCGAUAGCCCUUACCAGGGUGGAGUAUUUUUCCUUACCAUCCACUUCCCGACGGAUUACCCAUUCAAGCCGCCCAAGGUGGCAUUCACAACUCGCAUCUACCAUCCCAACAUAAACAGCAACGGAAGUAUUUGCUUGGAUAUCCUCCGAUCGCAAUGGUCGCCAGCUCUAACCAUAUCGAAAGUGUUGCUAUCCAUUUGCUCACUACUGUGUGAUCCAAACCCGGAUGAUCCGCUAGUACCGGAGAUUGCAAGAUUCUACAAGACUGACCGCGAGAAAUACAACGAACUUGCCAGGGAGUGGACACGUAAAUAUGCCAUGUGA